CUGCUUCAAGAAUUGCGAGCGGCUCAACAGACUGGUCAGAUCCAGCGCUUUUCGCUGUCACAGCCCGCAUUCCAGCUGCAGUUGAGCUGGAGGACUGAACUGACUGACGAGAUGAAGAGUGAAGUCGUGGACCGAUGGACGAAGCUGUUGUACGCGAAGCACGAGCAUCUCGAGUCGCGCCAGCUUGCUCGUCUCGCUCAUUUGUAUGGAGCGCUGUACGCGGCAGCUCUACCGGCGCCUUCUCCGACGUCAACCGCGCGUGAUGGCGAAGAUGAGGAAGACGAAGAAGAUCUGGAUAAUAAGGCCCAUGCUCUCGAGACCAAACUGGUACGUUACUUCGAAGACGACGACGAUAAGGAUGAUGCUGCAGCCGGUGGAGACGACGUCGAAGGUGACGAGGAUGAGCGUUUGCUGCAGAAAAUGCUGCGGCCGCUGACCGAGUCUCUGAUCGAGGCUAUCGAGCGGGAUACACGCUCACUCAUUCAACUCCGUCUUGGCGGUGGAGGUCCGCUUGAGGGCAGUGAUACUGAAGAGAGCAAGAGCAACGAUGAAGGUAUCAAAUGGACGAGUUACGCUGUGGCCAAGGUAUUUCACGGAUUGACGACGCCGCAGCUUCCAACUCGGCAGUGGCGCGACCACGUCUGCUGGCGACGGUACUCUGACGUGGCCUUC